AUGAAUGACCAGGAAGAUAAGCCGACGACCAUUGUCCACGAGAAUGACACCAAUCGCCCCGCGGAAUGGACCCUGAAAAGUGUUCUCCCAGAUACCGGCAAACCAUGGUACAAGGAGCGUCAUCUUUUGCUCCUCAAUCUUGGGAUGAUCAUUCCGUAUCUAUCCUCGACGACAAAUGGCUAUGAUGGAUCCAUGCUCAACGGCCUGCAGUCAAUGAGCCAAUGGCAGAACUUUUUCGGCCAUCCAACUGGUAGCCGCCUGGGCUCACUUUCCAACGGAGUGAUCUUCGGUCAGAUCCUCGCUUUUCCUAUUGCUCCUUGGCUCUGUGACCACAUGGGCCGACGAUUCCCAAUCUUCAUCGGAUCGGCGCUCUUGGUCAUUGGAGCCGUUCUUCAAUGUGCCGCGCAGAAUUACGCUAUGUUUUUGGUCUCCCGUAUGGUGAUUGGUUUCGGUGGUCUGAUCGCCGUCGAAGCAUCCCCGAUGUUGGUUAGUGAAUUGGCGUAUCCGACACAUAGAUCUGUAUUGGUCGGCUAUUACAACAACUUGUGGUACCUGGGAGCAUUGCUCGCUGCAUGGAUCACAUACGGAACCUAUUUCAUGGGUCCAAGCAUGUCAUGGUCCUGGCGCAUCCCCUCCCUUUUACAGGGAUUCUUUCCCCUGUUGCAAGUGCUUUUCGUCUAUCUUCUUCCCGAGUCGCCCCGAUAUCUUGUGCAGAAAGACCGCUACGAGGAAGCCCGAAAGGUGUUGACGAAGUACCACGCUGGUGGAGACGAGAACUCCGCGCUGGUCGACUUUGAGAUGAAAGAAAUCAUAUUAUCAAUCCAGACCGCGAAAGGAGCUUCUACAACUGGGUAUCGAGAGUUCCUAAGCACACGCGGCAACUUGCAUCGCCUUUUUAUCAUCAUUGCAGUGCCCUGCAUGAUGCAGCUCUCGGGCAACGGUCUGACCUCGUACUAUCUUCACCUGAUUCUCAACUCGAUUGGCUUGACCUCGGAUCCCCAGCAGCUCCGCAUCAACGGUGGCUUGACAGUGUUCAACCUUGGAAUCUCAAUCAUUCUAGCCUCGUUUAUGGAAAUAGCUGGUCGACGACGCCUGUUCCUUUUCUCAACCGUGGGCAUGCUGGCCUGCUUCGUGAUCUGGACAGUUUUAUCCGCAAUCAAUGAACAGCGAGAUUUCAAAGAUAGCAGUCUCGGCAGUGGGGUAAUCGUGAUGAUUUUCAUGUAUCAGCUUUUCUACAACGCCGGUCUCAAUGGGCCCCCCUGGGUCUACGUUACUGAAGUACUUCCUACCCACCUUCGUGCCAAAGGAACGAAUAUCAUGCAGAUUGCGUCGACAUGUGCCAUUCUCUUCAAUGGAUAUGCCAACCCCGUGGCAAUGGAUGCGAUCAGCUGGAGAUACUAUAUUGUUUAUUGCUGCGUUAUUGCCGUUGAGAUCGUUCUUGUUUAUUUUGGCUUCCCUGAGACCAAGGGCCGCAGUUUGGAAGAGGUUGGGUUGAUCUUCGAUGGAGACAAGGCCUUCGGUGAGGUCCAGGAGAAGGAAAACUCAGCUGAAGCUUGA